AUGCAACAUUACAAAGUCAAGAAUGCUAUUUGUGUGUUUCUUGUUCUUUUUUAUCGUGGUAGAGGGACGCUACACCCAGCACUGACAAUUUCACAUCCACAAUCACAAAUAGGAGUCGAUCUGCCUCUGGGUUACAGCGAGGACAACCCGCGAAUCCCUUCCGCCGUUAUAUGCAUUGUGACUGAACGUGAGUCUUUUCGCCAGGCCGUGGCCCGCCUGCACUCGGACCCGAUCUGCGGCAAAAACCGACUUGACUCCUUCUUGGCCCUACCGAUGCAGCGCCUGACUCGGCUUAAACUUCUUGUCGAGGUGAUUCAGAAGUUGCAGAUUGCAGUGGCCGAAGACGCUGCCAAAGUGGCUGAGCUCAGGGCAACAACAGGAUCUAUAACUAACACUAUACCACGAGUCCCUACGCCCCAGGAGAGAGAGAACGUUGAAAAGGCUCUGGAGGCACUGAAAAGGGUACCAGUAUUGUCUUGCAAUCGUGGUAAUGUGACCGAGUGGUUAAAGUGUCAAGCUCAUAUGCUGCACUGUCACGGUUCGACUCCUGCUGGGGGUGUUGAAAAGACCUAUGCGAGGUCGAAACUGCAGUCCACCCUGGUUGAGAACAUCUUUUGGGACAGCAAGGCAAUGUGA